AUGCUCGCGCUCAUUGGUAACCGUAGAUGGAGGAUUUCCCAGUUUCCAGAUCCGGUGCGGGCUAAAAGGUACAUGGAAGAUGUUGAUCGCCUCUUUUUCCCGCUUGUCCAGGAAGACGUGCGAUUGACGUCAGCGCGGGACAAUCGGGCACCUGUUCUGUCCAACAUCCUCCAAGCCCGGCAACCCACCUCCUCAUCUGACAACUGCAAUUGCCCCAAUAGCAUCUCAGGCGGUGGCAUUGCAGGAAUUGUCAUCGGCUCCAUCGUCGGCACCUUGCUGCUUAUCUGGCUCUUUCGGGUCUGCUCGUUGCCUGGCGCUUGGGGCGGUGGGGAGCCCGAUCAUGGAUACAGCGGGGGAGGAGGGACAGAGGUGCGCUCGACGCAUCGUCGAAGCCGGAGUAGUCCGUCUUAUGUGGACUACGUCGAUAAGCCGAGCCGUUCGCGGAGAUACCGGGAGGACAUUCGGCGCCCGGCCAAGGUAUAUCUGAAUUAG